UCGUUUGGGGGUCUGAAACUGGUGAAGAUAGAUUGAGCAAGCUCAAUUGCUUGAAUUACUGCUUCUGAUUCUCCUCAAUUGAAUUGUGAUUUCUAAUGAACGAAUCUUCAUGCAGCUCAGCUCUCGGAAGAUUUCUCAGCUGGGCUUGGAUUCUUUGGUGGUCGAACAAACAGGAGAUAGAUAGUCAGUAAUCGCUGUGAAGUGUUUUGCGUCUUUGUUGGAAGUUUGAAGGUUGUUGCGAGGUUUAGGGUAAUUGUCAGAAGGCGAGUGAAGAUUGUGGACUGAAAGACUGAGGGAGGCUCUUGGGUUGAAGAAUAGGUUGCAUUGAUGGAGUGUGUGGUAGGGAAUACAUGCUCCAUCCCCACGAAUUGGGGUUUGUUGAGGCCUUGCUCGGGAUUCCCAACCAAGAAUGGUGUGCUGAAAGUUUGCUCGUCUUCUUGCAAUGGGAGGGGUGUUAAUGGAGCUAGGCUUAAAAUGCUGGGGAGUCGUACUGUGUGGAAUGAAGGGAGGAGGGGACUACGAGGAGUGGCGCGGUGUAGUAUGUCUGGGAACAGCAUGCAAUCCAUGGCGUUGCAUCAGCUGUCGGAGUGGCUCUCGAAGCAAGGCUUUCCAACUCAGGACGUGAUACUGACAGGUUUUGGAGAGGAGGGUGUCGGUUUAGCUGCAGGGCGGGACUUCAAGGAAGGGGAAGUCGCGUUAAAAAUUCCUGAGAACUACACAGUUACUGGGGUGGAUGUUGUCAACCACCCUGUAGUUGCUGCUCCUGCUGCAGGCAGGGGCGACGUGAUAGGCCUUACCCUCUGGCUUAUGUAUGAACGUUCCCUAGGUGAAAAGUCUGUAUGGUAUCCUUAUCUUCAAACCUUCCCGUCGACCACCUUAAGUCCUAUCUUAUGGACUGCAGAGGAACAGCAGAAACUGCUUAAGGGCUCCCCUGCUCUAGAGGAGGUGCAGCAACGUAGUGCUGCACUGGAAGGGGAAUACGAAGAUUUACAAUCAUACUUUACCAAAGACCCUCAGCGUGUGCUUGUUUUCUGCUUCUCCAAUUCAAACCAGGCAUUCCCUCAAGAGUACUUUUCACUGGAAGCCUUCAAGUCCGCAUUUUCAGUUAUCCUGUCUCGAGCUGUAUAUUUACCGUCGGCUGAUCUUUUCGCUUUGGUACCCUAUGCUGAUGCGUUAAACCAUCGAGCCGACAGUCAGGCGUAUUUAGACUAUAGUAUGGAGGAUCAGGCGGUAGUAUUCCCAGUCGACCGAAAUUAUAAGGAAGGAGAGCAAGUGUUUACAUCGUAUGGACGAGAACGCUCGAAUGCUGAUUUACUGAUUACGUAUGGCUUUGUCGAUGAGAACAACGCGAUGGAUUACCUUGAUCUUGAGGUUGGUUUAGUCGAUGGAGAUCGGUUACUGGUUUUGAAACAGCAGAUAUUGCAGCAAGCUAUGUUAGAUUCGCCCCAAACUUUUCCACUGUAUCUGGAUCGAUUUCCGACUCAGUUAUUGACGUAUAUGAGGCUGUCGAGAUUACAAGAUCCAGCUCUCUUCCCUAAGAUUGUUUUCGACAAAGACAUUAUGCUUGAUCAGGCAAAUGAAUAUGAAUGCUUGCAGCUUCUCAUGGGUGAAUGCCGUACAAAACUGGGUAAUUAUGAAGGGGGUGUGGACGAUGAGAUUCGUUUGCUUAAGAACAAGAAAAUCAGUCAAAGGGAGAGAGUUGCUGCACAACUACGACUCUGUGAGAAAAAAAUCUUAACAAGCACCAUGACUGCUCUGCGUAACCGGUUAGCUCCAAUUCGUGGCAUCCCUACCAAAAGCGGUGGUCUCAAGGACCCAAAUGCAGACAUAAAUGAGAUGUUUGACAUGGUGGAGCAAGUGGCUUCGGCUCCUAAGAAGUUUUUUGAUAAUAUGUUUAAGAAGUAAGCUAUAUCAAUACUUAAGGUUCUGGCAUGUUUAAAAUGCAUGGAACAUAAGACGCAUGUAUUAAAAUCUUUUCCUUCAAUUUUCAAACUGCUUGCUGGUAUUUGUUCAAAUGUUA